UGGCGUAGAAGGAGGAAAGAAUCAUCGAUCGUGAUCGGUUUUUUUUAACGAAGCUGGUGCCCGAAUAUUGUAUAAAUAAUGGCGUACCAUUAUGUGGUGACUGCUCACAAGCCCACCGCAGUAAAUGCUUGCGUGACCGGUAAUUUCACAUCUCCUACCGAUUUGAAUUUGAUUCUCGCGAAGAACAGGCGGCUGGAGAUUUAUCUCGUAACCCCGGAAGGACUGCGACCUUUGAAAGAGGUUGGCAUUUAUGGAAAGAUCACCGUCGUCAAGUUCUUCCGACCGCCGCACGAAAAGAAAGACCUCCUGUUUCUCCUGACCACACGCUACAAUGCGAUGAUCCUGGAGUGCAUCGGAGAAGGAGAAGACAUUGAAAUUAUCACAAAGGCUCACGGAAAUGUUGCCGAUCGCAUCGGGAAACCCUCGGAAACUGGAAUCAAGGCGGUGAUCGACCCUAAGGCUCGGGUCAUCGGUCUGAGGCUGUACGAUGGUCUCUUUAAAAUUAUCCCACUGGAUAAAGAUAAUCCGGAGUUGAAAGCUUCUUCCAUACGGAUGGAUGAGUUACUGGUGCAGGAUGUGAACUUCCUUCACGGGUGUGCCAAUCCGACGCUGAUCCUGAUUCAUCAAGACAUUCAUGGAAGACAUGUGAAGACUCAUGAGAUCUCACUGAGGGAUAAAGAGUUUGUGAAGAUACCAUGGAGGCAAGACAACGUCGAGAGAGAAGCUAUGAUGGUGAUUCCUGUCCCUUCCCCAAUUUGUGGGGCGAUUAUAAUUGGACAAGAAAGCAUUUUGUAUCACGAUGGCACCACUUAUGUCGCCGUUGUCCCUCCGAUCAUAAAACAGAGCACCAUCACUUGUUACGCCAAAGUCGAUAAUCAGGGUCUUCGAUAUUUGCUGGGAGAUAUGGCAGGGCACCUUUUCAUGUUGUUCCUGGAGCAAGAAAAGAGACCGGAUGACACGAUGGUGGUGAAAGACUUGAAAGUCGAGCUACUCGGGGAAGUCAGCAUUCCGGAAUGUAUUACUUAUUUGGAUAACGGAGUCAUCUUCAUCGGCAGUCGCCUGGGAGAUUCUCAAUUGAUUAAACUGAUCACCAAUGCCGAUGAAAAUGGCUCUUACUGUGUGCCAAUGGAGACCUUCACGAAUUUGGCUCCUAUUAUCGACAUGGUUGUUGUCGAUCUAGAGAGACAAGGACAAGGACAGAUCGUUACGUGUUCGGGAGCAUUCAAGGAGGGUUCUUUACGGAUCAUAAGGAACGGCAUCGGAAUUCAAGAGCAUGCUAGCAUCGACCUGCCUGGAAUCAAAGGAAUGUGGGCGUUGAGAGUUGGCGGAGGAAAUUUUGAUAACACUCUUGUAUUGUCGUUUGUUGGACAAACGAGAAUAUUGACUCUGAAUGGGGAGGAAGUAGAAGAGACGGACAUACCAGGGUUCGUUGCUGAUGAGCAGACUUUUCACACAGGGAACAUCAGCGACGAUCUCUUUAUUCAGAUAACACCCUCGUCGGCAAGGUUAAUAUCUUUCGAAACGAAGACCAUCGUCUCGGAGUGGACUCCAGAGAACAAGAGAACCAUCAGCGUGGUGGCUUGCAACAGCUUGCAGAUUCUCUGCGCAACAGGGAAUGAUCUCUUUUACAUGGAAGUGUGCAGUGGGCAAAUCGUGCCCAAAGGACGCACUACUCUGCAACACGAAGUGGCUUGUUUGGAUAUUUCAUCGCUGGAAGGCUCUGGUGAUGCUCGUCUCGCCGCGGUUGGAUUGUGGACCGACAUCUCCGUUCGUGUGUUGACUCUGCCUGGAUUACAGGAAAUCAAUAAGGAACUGCUCGGUGGAGAGAUCAUUCCUCGAUCAAUACUCAUGACGUGCUUCGAAGGUAACACGUACCUUCUCUGCGCUCUCGGAGAUGGAAGCAUGUAUUACUUCAUUCUUCACAAACAGAACGGCAUUUUGUCGGACAAGAAGAAGGUUACCCUGGGGACCCAACCGACCGUGUUGAAGACCUUCAGGUCGCUUUCCACCACAAAUGUGUUUGCAUGCUCUGACAGGCCCACCGUAAUUUAUUCUUCGAACCACAAGUUAGUCUUCAGCAACGUCAACCUGAAAGAAGUGAAUCACAUGUGCUCCUUGAAUGCCGAGUCCUAUCCUGACAGUCUUGCUCUUGCAACGGAUAGCACCGUCACUAUUGGCACCAUCGAUGAGAUUCAGAAGCUGCACAUUCGCACCGUUCCUUUAGGGGAGUCGCCCAGGAGAAUCGCUUAUCAGGAGACUUCGCAGACCUUCGGAGUGAUCACAAUGCGAGUCGAUAUGCAGGAGACUAGUGGAAUUAGUAUUGUGAGGCCAUCGGCUUCUACGCAAGCUGCCUCAACGUCUAAUAGCAGUUACAUCGCCUUGCACAAUAAGCCAGGACACACGGCCAGUGACAUUGGCCAGGAGGUGGAGGUACAUAACCUCUUAAUCAUCGAUCAACACACCUUCGAGGUGCUCCACGCCAAUACGUUAAUGCCCACGGAGUAUGCGAUGUCUCUGAUUUCGACAAAACUAGGAGAGGAUCCCACGUCGUAUUACAUCGUUGGUACGGCUCUGGUCAGUCCAGACGAGUCGGUGCCAAAAAUGGGGAGGAUCAUAAUGUACCAUUGGAACGAUGGAAAGCUCAUUCAGGUGGCGGAGAAGGAAAUUAAGGGAGCUUGCUGUUCGAUGGUUGAGUUCAACGGAAAGCUUCUGGCCAGUAUCAACAGUACAGUGAGGUUGUUCGAGUGGACCGCGGAGAAGGAACUCAGGCUGGAGUGCAGUCAUUUCAAUAAUAUCAUUGCGCUGUUCCUGAAGACCAAAGGAGACUUCGUGCUGGUGGGCGACCUCAUGAGAUCUCUGACUCUGCUCCAGUAUAAAACCAUGGAGGGGAGCUUCGAAGAGAUCGCCAGAGAUUAUAACCCUAACUGGAUGACAGCCAUCGAGAUACUAGAUGACGAUACGUUCCUGGGGGCUGAGAAUUGCUUCAAUCUCUUCGUCUGCCAGAAGGACAGCGCUGCAGCCUCGGAGGACGAGAGGCAGCAGAUGCAGGAAGUCGGCCAGUUCCACCUGGGGGACAUGGUGAACGUGUUCAGGCACGGUUCCCUGGUGAUGCAGCAUCUCGGCGAAUCCAGCACGCCGACCCAGGACUACGUGCUAUUCGGCACCGUCAGCGGGGCUAUCGGCCUCGUCACGCAGAUCCCGGCAGGCUUCUACGAGUUCCUGCGGAACCUCGAGGACAGGCUCACCUCGGUGAUAAAGAGCGUGGGCAAGAUAGAGCACAACUUCUGGCGAAGUUUCAACACGGACUUGAAGAUCGAGCAGUGCGCCGGCUUCAUCGACGGCGACCUGAUAGAGAGCUUCCUCGACCUGAGCCACGAGAAAAUGGCCGAGGUCGUGCAGGGGCUCAUGGUAUGCGACGGUAACAGCAUGGUGCAGGCCACGGUGGACGACAUAGUGAAGAUCGUGGAGGACCUGACGAGGAUGCACUGAGCGCCUGGGUGCACCAGGGUGCAUGCACCUCCUCGACAAGUCAGCGACCGGUCACGUC